GGAGGAUGCAACUGAAAGGCGCUGGGGCUGCGACGAGACAUCAAUUGAGUCACCUGGACCCUCCCGGUAUGGUGCUUUCCUUUUCGCGCGCGACACAUGACCACGCAUUUCACUGCCUCUGCCCGUCGUGCAUCGGCGCCUCGCUGAUGCUGAUGCCGUAGCCGUAGCCAUGAACCCAGCCGUUGCCUUUCUCUGGGCCGUUCUCUACUAUCUCCUAGUCCUCCCUGUCUACGCCCUCCUCCAAUUGCUCCUUGUGGCUGUCUCGCCCGUCUGGCACGGCACGCGAUUCGUCCUCUUGCCCUUUUUCCAUCUCGGCCACUUCAUGUCGCAAGCAGCCAUGCUGCCGUUCCGCACUUUGGCCAAACUCGAGACUCUGUACGUCUAUCUUGGCGUUGCUGGUAUUGUUGGAAUCAUCGCGGGCUGUAUCCUGUAUUUCUUCUCAAGCUUCAUUCAGUCAGCACUGAACCUGGAGUCUCCUGACCGCCCUGUUGGGCGAACGCCGGCUGAGUACAGAGCUGCACGACAGAAGAGGAAAUCGAUGCAAGACUACAAUGACCCGGCCGUCUCGAUUGGAAACUUCAAGCCGAUGAGACAGAGCGGGGUCUUGAGGCAACGGAACUUACUGAGCCAGACCAUUCUAGAAGAAGAUACUUCGGAAUCUUAAUGGCUUUUCUGGACAAGUGCCGGCAUGCUACGAUCACAGUAAUAAUAUUCAUCGUGGCCGAUUACCACCAUUUUAUAAUCAUAUUCGGUUAAGAGUAUCGCACCGAGGAUAGUAGUUAUCUGCAGUAGACCUACAUACAGUGUGCUCAGAGAAGUCUUGCGCCGUCUAUCAAAAAGGGUUC